CCCAGGCCGACAGCGUGUGAGGAGGGGGGGUCCAGCUCCGCGGAGUAGGAGGACCGGACCGGCAUGGACCCCCAGGCGAAGGACCGCACCGGCCCGGCGGGCGGCUUCAGCGGGCGCGUGGCCUCCCUGGGAGCGGACGGGGGAGACUCGGAGUCCGGAGCCGGCUCGGAGGACGCGGGCUGCGGCAGCGACACGUUCAGCGGCAGCCUGCCCGACAUGGAGCAGGAGACGCUGGAGGAGAAGCUCCGCGGGCUGGCGUUCAGGAAGCAGACCUCGUACCGGAAGGCGAUCUCCCGCUCAGGCCUCCAGCACCUCGGCCCGUCGCAGCCCUCCCUGCCUCCGGCAUCCAACGGCCCCAACAAGGAGCUCCGCACCGGCGUGGACUGGACGGAGAACGCCGUGAACGGAGAUCACCUGUGGAUGGAGACGAGCUGCUCAGGAGAGCUGUGUUAUCUCGGAGAGGACACCUGCUUACUGAAGACUGCAAAGUCGGCCCCCAGGAGGAAAUGUGCAGCCUGUAAGAUCGUUGUUCACACUGGCUGCAUAGAGCAGCUAGAGAAGAUUAACUUCCGCUGUAAGCCGACGUUCAGAGAGGGAGGAUCCCGAUGCCUCAGAGAUCAGAACGCACUGAGACAUCACUGGGUUCACAGACGAAGACAAGACGGCAAAUGUAGACAAUGUGGAAAGAGUUUUCAACAGAAGUUCUUCCACAGUAAAGAAAUCAUCGCCAUCAGUUGUUCUUGGUGUAAACUGGCUUUCCACAACAAGGUGACGUGUUUCAUGCUGCAUCAGAUCGAGGAGCCGUGUUCUCUGGGGGCCCACGCUGGAGUCAUAGUGCCCCCCUCCUGGAUCAUCAAAGUCAGGAAACCACAGAGCUCACUUAAGAACUCGGCAAGGAGAAAAAAGCGGACGUCUUUUAAACGAAGGACAAGCAAGAAGGGACUGGACGAUUCCAAAUGGCGUCCGUUCAUGUUGAAGCCGCUUCCUUCUCCUCUCAUGAAGCCCAUCUUGGUCUUCGUCAAUCCGAAGAGCGGCGGCAACCAGGGCGCCAAGGUGUUACAGAUGUUCAUGUGGAUCUUGAACCCUCGACAGGUGUUCGACCUGUCGCACGGCGGCCUGCGAGAGGCGUUGGAGUUGUACCGGAAAGUGCCAAAUCUGAGGAUCCUCGCCUGUGGAGGAGACGGGACGGUUGGGUGGAUCCUGUCCACGCUCGAUGAGCUGCAGAUGAACCCCCAGCCUCCGGUCGCUGUUCUUCCUCUGGGAACAGGAAAUGACCUCGCCAGGACGCUCAACUGGGGCGGGGGUUAUACUGACGAGCCCGUGUCCAAGGUUCUGUGUCACGUGGAGGACGGUUCUGUUGUGCAGCUCGACAGGUGGAACCUGCUGGUGGAGAAGAGUGCUGCUCUGCCAGAGGAGGGAACGCAGAAGCUGCCUCUCAAUGUGUUCAACAACUACUUCAGCCUGGGCUUCGACGCUCACGUCACCCUGGAGUUCCACGAGUCCAGAGAGGCCAACCCGGAAAAGUUUAACAGUCGCUUCCGCAACAAGAUGUUCUAUGCAGGAGCUGCGUUCUCAGAUUUCCUCCAGAGAAGCUCAAGGGACUUGUCCAAGCACGUCAGAGUGGUGUGUGACGGUACAGAUCUAACCGCCAAGAUCCAGGAGCUGAAGUUCCAGUGCAUUGUGUUUCUGAACAUUCCCAGGUACUGUGCUGGCACCAUGCCGUGGGGAAACACAGGCGACCACAGAGACUUCGAACCCCAGCGCCAUGACGACGGCUGCAUCGAGGUUAUCGGCUUCACCGUGGCCUCACUGGCAGCGCUACAGGUCGGAGGUCACGGGGAGAGACUCCACCAGUGCAGAGAGGUUGUGUUAACUACCUUCAAGACCGUUCCUGUUCAGGUGGACGGUGAGCCAUGUCGACUGGCCCCAACCACCCUCCGCAUCUCCCUCCGAAAUCAGGCCAACAUGGUCCAGAAGAGCAAGAGACGCACCUCAGUGCCCCUGCUGAACGAUAUUCAGAAGGUGUGUGCAGCUGAUCUGCGCCGCCUCUCUGCUCCCCCCGACUCCUUCUCUGUUCCUCAUGCAGUUCCAGAUCGUCUGCGUCUGCGAGUGAAUCGUAUCAGCCUCCAGGAGUACGACCGACUGCAGUACGACAAAGAGCGAAUCAGAGACAUCUCCAUCCCUGUCGGCAUCGUGGUGGUGCGAGGAGACUGUGACCUGGAGACAUGCCGACUCUACAUCGACAGACUACAAGAGGACUUACACCAGGCGCCAUCUACUGGCCACAGAGUGCACUAUCAGGACGAGAGCAGAGGCGUCGCCAGGACCAGUUCGUCCAGUAGAUUGUCUCCCAACUGGAGCUUCUUGGAUUCAACAUCAGCUGAUCGCUUCUAUCGUAUUGACAAAGCUCAGGAGCACCUCCACUUUGUGACGGAGAUCUGUCAGGAUGAGGUUUUUAUCCUGGACCACGAGGGGCCUGUGGUGAGCCCGGGGGCGUCCACGGGGAUGCCUGAUCUGGUGGUGGAACCUUCAGCCGGCGCUCCACUGACACCUGAGGAUCAAGCUUUGUUUACUGCUGCCACCUCUGGAGAUCUUACUGUGUUGUCGGACUGUGUGCGUCGAGGCGUCAGCCUGUUGGGCCGAGACUCCGGAGGCUGCUCAGCGCUGCACAUCGCGGCUCAGAACGGACACACGGACCUGGUCAGCUUCAUCCUGCAGCAAGGCUCCAAAGUGCAGCUGGAUUUAACAGACAGAGAAAAAGGGACACUGCCCUGCACAAAGCAGCCUCUGAGAAGCAGCAUGCAGUUUGUCGGUUGCUGGUUGAGGCCGGGGCGUCGCUCGAGAAGACCAACUUCCUGGGGAAGACUCCAGCGGACCAAGCGGAGGGAGACUCGGAGCUCGCCUCCUACCUGAGCACCCAGCAACACAAAGCUUGUUCCACUCAUGAAGACUUGGAGACGGCGGUCUGAGGCGCACACACGCACACAGACACACACAAACACACACACACACUCACUCUGCCUCCGUGGACUCACACACUCGCAGUGGAGAGGAACGUGUGAGAGGAAAGUGUUUAGAUGAGCGACCAGAGUCGGGCUCGGACUCCGGCGGCUCCACGGACGAGGAGAGGAACCGGCGGAGGGAGCGAGGAACCGCCUCCGCUCGCCGCCGCGCCGCCGUGGAGAUUUUAAUCAACUAUUUAUUUGUAUUUAUUUAUUCAUAUUCUAUUUAUUGGUUGUGCUGAUUGGUUGGUCGACUGGUUGAUUGUCGGGACAUGUGACGGCUCAGGAUGCAAAGUGCACUUUGAGCGGCCGGGGCGGGUUCGUGAGGUCACCGGUGUUCGCCGAGAGGAUGAACCCGUGAAAAGAUGCUUCUCGUCGUCUAAGGGAUUUUAUUUCAGUCACAGAUCUUCAGGGGUCACGAGUUUUAAUUCGGUGAGAAACGUGGUCAGUGGUGGAACGUGCGUUGGUAAAGAAUUCCUCUGUUGGAAAAAACGUCAGAAUAACAAGAAGUCUCCUUUCAGAGCUGAUAGAAAUAGUAACGGUUUGUGUGUUUACCCAUAAAAAAAACGUGUGCCAAAGACAUUGCACUGAUGUCGCGUCGUACCGAGUCCACGGUUUCACCAACGCUCCCAGAAUCCAUCACUGUUGUUGUGUGUGUUCGUUCAGCCGCCGGAGGUGACGACCACGGGACGGACAAAACUCUCCAGUCCCGCAAUUAUACAAUGUGAAACCAAAACUAACCAGAAAACGUCCUCGGAGUCGGAGUCUCUCUCUUCAAAGAUAUGCAAAAGAUCUCGAUGCUUUUUAUCACGUGUUGUUUCACUGAGCUUUGAUUUCAUCACACGUUUAUUUCUUCAGCUGCUUUUUUUCAAAUCCACCCUCAGAAAAUAUAUUUCACGAACUAACAAGAACAACACAAACAGAACAUGUGUUUCUACACAACAGGAACUUUUUUUUAGGAACUCAGGUCAGUUCUUAUAUUUUGAAAAAGACCCAGGAACCUUCAGGGGGAACGUCGCUGAUUUCAUAUUGUAAAACAUCUAACAUUUAAAAGUGAGCAGCAGCCUGGACCAGUAGUGGACCAGUAGUGGACCAGUAUUAGGAUUAAAACCCAACACCCUAUUAAAACAUAGAUUAUUAACAGGUGCAGUUUAUUUUGAAGGGUCAACCAGACUAUGUUUUAAAAAAACAGUGAAUUUAAAGCUAAAUCACUAACGGACGAAAAACCUCUCAAGCUGCCAUCACACAAAUUACACAAUGGGCUUGUGUGUAUCUGGUACUCCUGAAGCGACAAAGCUUUGUGCGUCUGUGUGUGUGUGUGUGUGUGUGUGUGUCUGUUUGUGUGAGACAAUACGUCCCAUUUCAUAUCAAAUCAAAAAAAGAGACGCAAGUGCAACAGAGAGAGACUCACUCUGCUCUGUGCAGCGUCUACACACCUACAGACUGUGUGUGUGUGUGUGUGUCUGUGUGCGCGUGUGUGUGUGUCUGUGUGCGCGUGUGUGUGUCUGCAGCAUUUAUCCAAGAAGAAAAGAACAAUCUGAGCCAUAUUCGAUGCAAUAGGAUCGAUGACGUCUCUUUGCGUUUCUCUAUUAAUCGUUUACAUUACAUUAAUGUUUUUAACGUCCGUUUAGCACCGAGGACUCAUGAAUGUGCAAUUUAACUUCAGUGCUGGUUGAGUAUAUGAUUGUCUUGGUAUUUUUUUUUAUUUUUUAUUAUUAUACCUGUUAUGAUUUGUAUUCUGUGUGCAUGUAUAUCACUGGAUUGGACUCAGCCCUGUGACGUCUCUCUCUACAUUUAACCUGUCGUGACUAAAUUCACAUUCCUCAAGUGGGAACCAUUUUUUCCGGGGACGUAGAAUCUCUCAGAGACGCUCGGCCAUCGUAGAAGUCUGGACCUCAAACUGCAGCAGCUGCACAAAUUCACAGUAUUAAUCAAAUGACGUUUUCUGUUUUUUGUCGGGCUUGUGUGUUUUUUAUUAACGUCACAAUCCAGAUCUCUGGAAAAACCUCCUGGAUCUUGAGUUACAAAGUUUUUGCUUAAAUCAGUAUUUCCAGGGUGUAAAAUGAAUCUUCUACAUUUUUUUUACAGUAUUUAUACCAAACACUUUGUUACAUGACAAACCACGAACAGAGUUAAUCCCCUCGUGUGGCUGCAGGGGGCGCUGUGGCUCGGUAACAGUCACAUGGCGUUGCUUUAAGUCCCCGUCUGUUUGGUGUUAGCUCGUAGCGUAGCAUGAAGCGUCAGUGUUAUUCUGGGCACGUGCCGGUUCUUCUUCUUCUCUUGUAAACCGGUCGUUAACGUCCACUUCGGCUAAAUUCACGUUUUCAAGUCUCAAAUAUGUUUUAUUCCUUUAUUUUAUUCGACAUUAAUCUUUGCUGAACUUCUACGAUGGCUGCCAGUGUCGAGAUGACAUCAUUCAACUGAACCACGAGCGAAAGGUUGUCUUUCAAUAGAAGUGACAGAAGUGAUGAGCUCGGCCCGUUCUGAACGACACACACACACACACACACACACACACACACACACACACACACACACACACACACACACACACACACACACACGCUUCGUAUCACUCUGUUCAGUAGAAACAGGACUUUGUAUUAAACUCCUCAGCGUUGGUCAUGCAUGGCAUUUUUUUCUUACAUCUUUGGGAUUAUUUUCUGGCAAUGGCAUAAAAAAUGGCAUUAUUGUUGUUCAAACUAUUAAAUUAUUAUAGUUUUAAA